AUGGAGGCAGUAUCUAUGCCCGGUGCUUUUCCCUCCACAGCAGAUGAGAAUGUCCCCAGCAACAGAACACCCAAGAGACGGUUCGUGGGGAGACGCACUGCAGAAGCGCAGGCGAGGCAGAGACGGGAUGAGACUGACAGUUCCAACGUGGAGGAAACCACCGCGGUCAUUCACAAGGAUCAGCGGAAGGCUCCAAGAGUCUUGAACCAGGUACCCCCCGAAAUCCUCGAUGAUCCAGAUAUCCAGGCGGCCAUGACCUUGCUCCCUCACAAUUACAGCUUUGAGAUCCCCAAAACCAUCCACCGCAUAAGAACGCUCGAGGCCAAGAGGGUGGCUUUACAAUUCCCUGAGGGGUUGCUCAUGUUUGCCACGACCAUCUCAGACAUCCUGACUCAAUUCUGCCCAGGCACGGAAACCUUGAUCAUGGGAGAUGUCACGUAUGGCGCAUGCUGUAUCGAUGAUUACACUGCAAGAGCCCUGGGCUGUGACCUGCUUGUCCACUACGCUCAUAGUUGUUUGAUACCCGUCUCGGCGACCAAGAUCGCCACCCUGUACAUCUUCGUUGACAUCUCCAUCGACACCAAGCACCUGGUGAGCACGCUGUCUCGAAACAUACCCCCUGGAAAGACAAUCGCCAUGGUGGGUACCAUCCAGUUCAAUGCCACACUCCACACAAUAAGGCCUGCCCUCGAGGCCGAGGGUCUGAAGUUGGUGGUGCCGCAGAUUAUGCCGUUGAGCAAGGGCGAAGUGCUGGGUUGUACUGCGCCCAAGAUCAAUCCAGACACCAAUGUUGAUCUGAUCCUAUACCUCGGCGAUGGCCGCUUUCACCUGGAAGCCGCCAUGAUUGCAAAUCCCCAUAUUCCAGCCUAUCGAUACGAUCCAUAUUCUCGGAAAUUGACGAGAGAAACAUAUUCACACGAUGAGAUGCUGGACAUGCGCGCCGCUGCCAUCAGCACUGCGAGGAAAGCCAAGAGAUGGGGUCUUAUACUGGGUGCUUUGGGAAGACAAGGCAACCCCCACAUCUUGACCAUGAUCGAGAAAUACCUUGAUAGAGAGGGCAUACCGCACGUCAAUCUUCUGCUCAGCGAAAUCUUCCCCGGAAAGCUCGCCCUGUUUGAAGAUGUGGAUUGCUGGGUGCAGAUUGCUUGUCCUAGGCUCAGUAUCGACUGGGGCUAUGCUUUCCCACGUCCAUUGUUGACGCCCUAUGAGGCUCUGGUGGUACUGGGCGCAAAGCAAGGGUGGGAAAAAGGAGACGGGACUUAUCCCAUGGACUUUUAUGCCAACAAUGGUCUGGCACGGACGACUGAGAAGGUCGCUGCGCAAGUUGGAGUGACCGCGUGA